AUGAAGUUAAGAUUUAAUAAAUAUAGUAUUAAAAUAAUAAUAAUAAUAAUCGCAUUAAUACUUCUUGGAGUUAUAUUUAAUCUUGGAAAUAUGACAGAUGUUAAAUAUGAUGCUAGAAAAUCAAUAUUAACACUUUUAUCUCAUAAUAGUUCAUAUAAACUAAUUGAGAAUGAAUCUAAGAGUUUGAAUAAAUUUUAUACGGAAUUAAUAUCUGAUGUGUCAGAAUGGAAAAUUCCAAGAGAUUAUACUCUAACUGAAGCUAACAUUAUUACAUCCACUGAUACUUUUAAUCUUUUAGAAUUGUAUAAUAAUGAAUCAAUUGAUAUUAAACUUAAAGGAAAUGUUAAAUUUAUACUUAAAUUAUUAAAUAAUAAUCUUAAAACUACUGCAGAAUCGAUAAUGAAUAUAAAAUUAAAUGAAGUGAAUAUAUGGGAAAUAAAUAAUGAAAUAAAUGUUAAUAUUGAAGAAAGGAAAUAUUUUUAUAUAUCAUUAAUACUUUCUGGAAUAUUUUUAAUAUUUUUACUUUUGAUUCGAAGAUCUAAAAUCAUUUUUCUUAUUUUCUUUUUUCUCUUUUUUUUUCUUUCUAUUAUUGCUUCAAAAUUAUUUUUUAUACAAUUUGAUAAUAUAAGUUUGUAUAAGAAAUAUAUUGGAAAAUUAAGUUCAAUUUGUAUAUUAAUUGUAUUGAUAUUAUAUUAUUUUUAUCAAGCAAAGGAACUUGGGAAAUAUAAUGAAAUGCAUUUGUUGUUUUCUUAUCAGUUUAAGACUUUAAUUACGUUGAUUUCCAUUUUAUUAUCAAUUUUUAAUCAUAAUAUUAUUGUUAAUAUUAUUAAUUGGUUCAUUUGGGUUCCCAUUUUACAAUGUUAUAUUUUUCAAAAUUAUCAACAAAUUAUCAAUAAGAAUUUUAAAGAAGAUAUAAAGUUGGAAGAAUUUGAUGUAUUGAAGAUAGAAACGGAAUCAAUACAAGAAUAUUCAGAUUUCCAUCAAAGAAGAAAAAAGAAUUUUAGACCAUAUCUAAUGUUUAUUUAUCUUAUUUUAUUCCUAAUAUCGUUAAUAGUUUGUUUUAAAAAUAUUAAUUAUUUUAAUUCUACUAAUGAAAUUAAUAAUGCAAUGUCAAAUUCAUUUCAUGUUGAUAUGAACGUUUUUAAUAUUGAAGAUUUUAAUAAUCAAAAUUCCAUUAUCACUUUUAAAAUUAUUAAAAAUAAUAAGAAAGUAAUAAUUGAUGAUAUAAGUUUAAUAACAACAAUUGAAGUAUUAAAUAAAUGGAUUGAAUCAUUUCUUAAGAAUGUGACAUUUAAAAAUUCAUUGAUUUUAUUUAAGGAUUUGGAAACUUCUUCUGAAUAUAAAUUAUUAAAUGAAGACAAUACUAAAGAUUUAUCUAAAAUUAAUAUUAAAUUAUUAUUUAUAUUUGAAAAUAUAGAUCAAAUUACAACAGCUGAGGUAUCCCGUUACGGUGUCAGGUCCACGGGCAGUAGUACACUAAUAAAAAUUGGUAAAAAAACGACAUUAAAGAAUUUAAGAAUAAUAACAUUUGGACUUAAACAGAAUAAAUAUUUGGGCAUUUUGAUAUUUUUCAAUUGUAUUAUAUUGUUGGCAGCUCUUAUAUUUACUGGUGGAAAAGAUAAAUCAAAAUUAAAAGCUUCAAUUAUUAUUUUUCUCUUUAUUAUUAACUUUUCUUUUGGUGUUUUUUUCUUUUUUAUUAUUCCUAAACUUUUAUAUAUUAUUAAUCUUAAUAUUAAUAUUAUGAAAGGAGCAUUGGAAGGUGAAAUAUUGAAUAAAUUUAUAUUGUCAAUUUUGAAGUUUAUAUUUAUAAGAAAAGUUGUAACUGUAAUAAUAUUCAUUUGUCUUGUUCUAACAAUUGUUUAUAUAAUUAUUAGUCUACCAAAAGAAUAUUCUACUUUUAAUGAAAAUAUGACAAGUAUUAAAAGAACAAUUAAUUUAGAUUAUAAAAAUUUAAGAAUAUUAUUUUAUCAAUUUAUAUUAUUAUUAAUAAUUUCUUCAAUUAUAGGACAUGAAUCAUUUGGAUAUAAGUAUGAUGAAUUUAAAAAUGAAUUAUUAAGUUUACGUUAUAACUUAAUAAUGAUAUUUAAUAAAUUCUUAAUAGAACCAAAACCUGAAAUUAAAAGUUUAUUGUACAUAUAUCAUAGAGUUGGUAUAUUUGUAUUUUAUAAUGUAGUAUUCACAAGUCUUAUAGCUACUUUUUAUUUUUAUUCCUGUACUAACAGACAAUUGUUUAAUAAACAUUUCUUCAUAUUUCCUAAACCAACUGAUUUCAAUUUUGAUGUUAAAAUCAAAGCAACAUUUGAUGAAAUUUUAAUAUUCAAAGUCUUUUUAGAAUCAUUUAAUGCAUAUAAAGAUUAUAAAUCCAAUAAUGAUGAUUGGUGUAAUAAAUUUGUGGAGAUAUUUAAUCAGAAGAAAUAUGGAAUUAAUAAAUUGACAUUUAAUGGUGAUUUAUAUGUUUAUUUUGAACGUAUUAAACGUUAUAUAUUAUGUAUAAUAUUUUUACGUAUAAAAAUAAAUUCCUUUACUGAAAAAAUUAAUGAUUUGGAACAUGAAAAGGAAUUAAUCAAAUUAAAAAAUGAAAAUAAAAAAUAUUAUUUAAUUUUAUUAAAAAAGAAAUUAUUUGAUACUACAAAUGAAAUUGAAAAUUUUAAAUCAAAAUACAAUAUAUUACAAUUAAUACAAUCCAAUGAAUCAAGUGGAUCCAAUCAAAUAAAUGGAUCAAAUGUUCUUACUGGAGUUAAUAAAGGAGUUACUGAAGUUAAUGGAUCUAAUGGAAGUAUAGUUGAUGAGAAAGAAUUGGUUAAAAAAUAUAAUACAAAAGAAUUAGAAGAUUUUUUAAUAAUACCAAUUCUUAAUACUAUUGAUAGCGUUUCUAGUGUUGAACAAGUUGAGAAUGAAGUUGAUAAUGUUGAACAAGUUGGUAAUGAAGUUGAGAGUAUUCAAGUUGAUGUUGAACAAGUUGUUAAUUUAGUUGAUACUGUGGUUAAUGAAGAUACUGAAGUUGAUACUGUAGUGAAUGAAGAUAUAGAAUCAUUGAUACAAAAUGAAGAAUUAAAUGAACAAUGUAGUCAAAAUAUUAUUAAUAAUAAUAUAAAUGUGAAAAAUGAAGAAAAUGAAGAAAAUGUGGAAAAGGAAGAAAAAAAUGAAGAAAAUAACGAAGAAAAUUCCUCAUUGAGGGAACAAAAGGAAGAUAAAGAAUUGAAGAUGAGAUUAGGAAGAAUUAAAAGUAUUGAAGAAUUAGAAAUUGGUAUUUUCAAAUCAAAUAUUCUUAAAAAUUCCAAAAAAUUUUAA